AUGACUGUCGACGCAACUCGGCAGCAUUACUAUCCCGACUUUGACCUCUUCCACGACCUGCCAGGGCUGUGGCCAGAAGUCCCGUCAAGUCAUCUCGACGCUCGCGCAACGCAAAACACGUACAGCCAGUUUGGCCUCGUAGCCCAGAUGGCCCUGCACGCCAACAUGAUGCCCGAGUUUUCGUCCCUGCCGAGCCUUCCGCAGGGCCAACCGUGGGCUCCCAGAGAAGCAUACCGUCCACAGCCACAGAGCAGUCCCUGCUCCUCUCCGUUGCAAAGCCAGCACAACGCCGAGCAGGAGACGCAUAGUCGCCACGACAAACAAGCAGGCCAUGAUACAUCACGGCGCGGCCAGCGAUGCCAGUCGAGGUCCCUGCCCGUCGGCCACCUCCGCCACCAGUCGUCCGUCGAUUUCGGCGAGGACCUCCUACGCAACAGCCACGACACAGACGUCGACGAAAACAUUUUUGCAGACUGGGCCUGGGGCCCGCGGCAACCAUCCGGCAGACGAGCCGUGCACGAAGAAGGCUCGGUGCAAUUCGGCAGCGACUCUGGCUUCGACUCGCCGCGCGCCUCCUCGGGCGACGACAUGGAAACAGAGCCCAGCCCGCCGCCGCCGCCGCCGCAAAGCGAGGAACCCGGCUUCACGGCGCUGUCGUUUGGCUACCGCAACCAAGCGCCCCGGCCGGCGUGGCCGGUGCUCCGGACGCGGACGGGCUCCCUCGACGCCGAGGCCAGCGUGGCGUCGACGUGGAGGGCCCUGUCGUGGGAGUACCUCGGGGCGGCGAUGCACGAGCGCAAGCCGCUGGUGGCGACGGUCGGCCCGCGGCGCGAGAAGCUGACGGAGCAGCAGAAGCGGCGCAACCACAUCCUGCACGAGAAGAAGCGCCGCGCCCUCAUCAAGGAGGGCUUCGAUGACCUGCUGGACCUGGUGCCGGGCGUGAGGGACCGGGGGCUGAGCAAGUCGGCGAUUCUGCUGAGGGCGGCGGAGUGGUUGGGCGGCUUGGUGUGCGAGAAUAAGGCGUUGCGUGCGCAGGCGAGGGCCCUGGAAGGGUGA